UUUUUUUUGAAGCGAUUCAAACUGACGAAGCUUGUUUUAGCUGGCCUACUACAGACACAAAACAACAAACACAACUCACUGUGUACAUUUGCCAAGUGAAUCGCGGAUAUAUGCACGCCGCGUUGCCGUUACAUUCCAGAAGUGUUAGUAUAAUCUGGGGCGGAAAGCUAGCCUGCUAGCUCGCUCGUUAGCAUGUUGCUAGGCUAGCUGCCCAGGCGAAGUCCUUUUUGGGAUCUUACUCCUUCACCUGACGCUCCUAAUUUUGUUGACCAGAAAAGACUCCCAGGUACCUUAAAUAAUGGCAAAUGGUUUGAGACCAGAACAAAGGAAGUGGAAAGAUGCAAAAAAAAAAAAAAAAGAAAUGAAAGCAGGUCUGAGUUGGAAGGAAGAAAAGCAGGUUCAAGUGAUGUAAGGAUGCGUGAGUAAACGAACAGGUGUGAAGGAACAAAGGCACAGGAGUAGGAAUAAGCGACUGAAAGAUGGAAGGAUGCAUGAUUAAAAAGGUCAGAGGGAAGGAAGGAUGGAGGGCAGAAAGGAAAAGAUCGCUAAAUGCAACCGCAGGUUUGCAUGCUGAUGGUGGGAGGCGAUGGACUGCUGCACUAGAAUGAGUGUGAAGGAGCUGUGUGAGACUGAUGACCUGGCCACCAGCCUGGUGCUGGACCCUCUCCUGGGCUUCAGCACCCAUAAAAUGAACAUCAGCCCCCAGCCUGAGGUGCGUCGCUGGGGCAACCUGAAGGAGACGCUGCUACGCUUCCAACGCACGCACGACUUCAAUGCCACCUUUGAAGCGCUGACGGUGGGCGAGCUGGCGGGCGACUACUUCAACGCUUUGGGGAUCCACCGACAGGAGCUACUGAGGCAGCACGUGUACCGCUACCUCAGUGCCUUCUUAUUAGACAGUGGCGUCAAGAUCGAGUCAUGUGACCGCUACUCCUCGGAGACCAACGGAGCCAAGAUUACCUCCACCAGGCACUGGUUCGCAGGGGAGCGCGUGGAGGUCCUUCUGGGCUGCAUCGCUGAGCUGAGUCCGGCCGACAGCGCCGUGCUGCGGGCCGGUGUAAACGACUUCAGCGUCAUGUACUCCACGCGCAAACGCUGCGCUCAGCUCUGGCUCGGACCCGCCGCCUUCAUCAACCACGACUGCAAACCAAACUGCAAGUUUGUCCCUGGUGAGAAGAAUGGUGCUUGUGUCGAGGUGAUUCGACCUAUCUCGCCCGGGGAGGAGAUCACGUGCUACUACGGUGCUAGCUUCUUCGGCGAGGGCAAUGAAAUGUGCGAGUGCUGCACCUGCGAGAGGAAAGGGGAAGGUCACUUUAAACACAGAGGGAAGCAGCCGGAAUGUGAGGAAACAAAAGACCUCGUGGGCCAGAAGUACCGCCUACGGGAGCGCUACCUUCGCCACCAGCGAGAGAAGGGACACAUAAGUGCCAGGCCAAUUAUCGCUGGAUUACAUUCAGCAAUCCCCUCGAGGAACUCCUUCACCCAUCAGAUGCGUAGGAACGCCCUGAAGAACCGAAAGUGGAACCAGACAAAUAAGUGGAGGCUACAGAACCACAGGCUCUCGAGACCCUCUGAAGUCGGUCGGACCAGGAAAGAGCGACAGGCACUGCCGCUCCCGUCGCAGUGCGUGAUCCGGGAUCUGAAGAUCAGGGUGCGGCGCCACACGCUGGACUUUCUGCUGGUCUGCAAGGAUCCCAAAAGCAAGGAAAGGGCCCUACUGCAGCAACUUGAGGUGGUGAAGCCAAAGACGACCCCCAACGUGAAGCGUUUCCCCCUUGGCCCGCUGCGUAAGAACAGAGGAUGGAUCGGCCCCGAUGGGAAGUCUGUCAGAGGAAUUCCCUUGAGGAGCUCGUCCAGAACCAGGAGCGCGGACAGGGUCAACUCGGACAAAACUGCCAUCACAAUAAAGCAGGAGAGUACUGAGCAAGAAAACUCAGAGCCUGCUGUCUGUCAGAUUGUCCCGGACUCUUGUAAGAAAGCUUCAGACAAUCCGGUUCUAUCACUCAAGCAGUACCUGACCGUCCGCCUCACUAGAAUUUCAGCGCCUUACAGAGAGGCACCGGGAACGACCGUUGACGAACGGGACAUAAGGGAGGAGCUGAGAGGAAAGAUGAGACAGAUUCAGGGCCUCAGACCACUGAGCACACAGAAGUCCCAGCUGAGGCAGGGACCGCCACCCCCAAUUCUGCCAGGCCCUUGCGCCGCUGAAGCUCCCAGAGGAGUGCGAGAAAUGUUCUUCAAGGCCGUCGAUAAGGGAACAAUAGAGAAGCGGCACGCCUUGAAUGGGACGGCGGACGACUCUACCCAGCUCGAGGAAGGAGGGAAGAACAAGGUCAUUGAAAUCCAGACUGUGGCGGAAGAAGAAACGGGACCAGAUAAAGUCAAACCUCAAGAGCACAGAGAGAAGAGAAAGUGCGCCGCUGUUGAAUGUAAUGCUGCUCCCAGUGCAAAAAUGAACAGACAGAAUAACUCGCAGGGGGUUAAAGCUCCUAAUUCAUGCGAAGUUGUUUCAGAACCGUCAGCUCAUACCCCAAGUAAACCAGUACACAAUCCAGGCAAUGAUAUAGUCAUAAAGCAGGCCAAGGUCCUCCUUUCUGAUUUUUUAAAGAAAGAUAAUGCCUCGGUAGACGAGCAACCACAGGGUGGUAGUUGUCCCUCAUAUCCGAAAGAACGUCACGCUGGCAGCUGUGUGGCAACGAGAGGGAAUGUUGGACGGCGGCAGAAGAUCCACAGUCAAGUGAAGACGAAAGCCGAGCUGAAGUCAAAUAGCACAGACGCCAGUUUAGUCAUCUCAGCGCAAAAUCUGAACAAGCUCGGCCACCCAGCGGCUGCCCACCUCGACCCGGUACCUCUCGAGUCGCACAUUUCAGCCAACACGCGUCAGACCCCUCAGCACCUUGACGCCAUGCAGUCCAACAUACCUCUGAAGAAACGGACAUUCCGCAGUGCUGUGGAGCCGGAACCAUGCGCGACUGCUACCUUUGUCACAAACCGGAAAGAAGUUUCCGGAUUGUCCACAAGGCAGGAACCGAUUCGUCAUACAGAAAAGAAUGUCAAACGAGACAGACAAAGCAAAGUGAUGCGAGCAAAAGUCCAGCGCUUGAGCUCCAGAAGGAUCACGAGGCAAAACUACGUGAGCAGGGUUCUUCGGCCCAGAGUUACUGACGCUCCUCAGAGUCAUCUGAGGAAAGUUUGCAAGUUUAAAUCCGAGAGGCGAGAUGAAGAUGACAACCAAGAGACUGUUCAGCUUGGUAGGAACCGUCAGAUGAAGGAUGAGCAAGAGAAAGACUCUGUGAUGAAAACGUCAGCCUUGGAACUAAGCGACGUUGAGGAGACUAAGCCAGACCUCAACUUCAGGAUCCGUUUCAAGCGCAGGAGAGGGAAAGUGUGGGAGAUGCAGAGCAACGGCUUGGGGGGUAUGAUUUUCAAAACGGAAAAGAGGGAGGAACUCGACAAUGAUCCGCUCAAGGCCAUCAUGGAUUCAGUGUCUGUGUUGAGCAUGGAGAUGCAGGCGGCUCAAGCUCAUGUGCAGGCCAGUAAGAAGUCCAAGAGCAGACUGCUUCGCUUGAAAAAAAGGGGCGAGAGGAAGAAUGCGUCCACCAAGUCAGAGCUGGGCGGAGAAGACCGUAAAGAAAAACCGGACGGGGCGAUUCCUUCUGGUACUAGCCUGCCACGGGACAAAGUCCAGAACGCAGCAUCAUCUUUUGUCCAAGGAACAAAAAUGGAAGAUCAGUUCACAAGAAGCUGUUGCCUCUUUGAAAGUGGGUUGCAGCAGAAACUGGAGUCCAACUUGGAUUUCAAUGGUAUUCCUCUGCCUAUCCUCAAACUGCGCCGAAAGGUGGAGGACAUCUGGGAGGUGGAUGGCGAGGAUGAGGAGCAGAACCAUCCCAAAGUUAAAACGGAGACACCGGUAAAGAGAGAGCUUCGAGGUCCUGCUUUAGCCAAGCAAACGCCAGGACUGCUGGACUUGAGCAAGGUCCGAGAGGAGCCACCGCUAGUGAGUCAGAAGUUGAACAGUAAUUCAUUGCUCCUGAAAACCGAAGCACCGCAGAUGUCUUUGUCGCUGUCGCCGCUUUCCUUGUCUUCCCCAGUAAACGAGAACCCGGAGAGCAUGGCAGUAGCGAAUGUGUUCGCAGAGAGACAGGAAGUCAGCAGCGGUGGAAGCAGGAAGCAGCGGCACAAAAUGGCGUCCAAGUGUGGUCACGCGGAGGCGCCCACGAGCUGCCUUAGUCAGUCCCUCCAGCAGAUUGACAACAGCCUCUCCAGGCUCUCGGAGGGUCUGUGCUCAUCGCAGAUUCUGGAAAAGACAGCCGCCUUGACCGGAAUUCCCAGUUCCAUCAUCCAGCCCCCACCCCAGUCUCCUCCAUUCCCCACUGCGGAAAACAUUCUACCGGGCGAGCCCAACUUUGCAAACUGCUGUGAUGAUAUCCUGGACUUCCAGUGUCUCAACUUUGAGGGCUACGAUCAGCCACAGAACAUCCUCCCCUCAUCGCCAUCUGAUCUGUGUUCACUGGACCCCCCCACUGAUCCCUUCAGUAGCCCCCUCUCGCACAGCCCCUCCGACACAUGGACCACCGAGACGCCCUACCUCGGCCCCCCAAGUCCUGGGAAUAACUUCACCGGUGAUGAUCUCCAGUUCUUCCCUGGUCUACUCUCAUCCAAAAACGAGUCGGUUUCUCUGGACUGUGAGGCAAAGAACAACCCCUCCUGCAGAAUCCCGCCACAAGCCAGUUAUAGUUUUUCAUCGCUCACCAAUCCCGAACUGGUGCCGAAGGAACGUCUUCUUAGCAAAAUUCCCGGAAUGAGGCUGUCCAGAGAGGACUUAAAAGGUCAUUUUGCCUCCGUGGUGAGCAAACCUCGCCUAUUUGGCUCUUCUGCCGCCAUGUCUCAGAAUCCUCUUCCUUUAGUCCAGUCCGCCCUGAACGUCAAACCGAGUAGCAGUCAGUCAAAAGCCACAUCCCACCUCAAAACACAUGGACCCUUCCACCGCAUGAGCAUUCCCAAACAACCUCAGUCUUUUCCUUACUCCCAGCCUAGCGCACAGCGAGGCGUCCACCAGACAAAGCCCGUCCUUUCGUCUCCAAUAGCCAACAAGUUCCUUAAUCCUCAACUCUUCACCGGAAGAAAUCCAAACCCCCCUGACAAUCCCUUCAACUCCCAGGAGAAGUCCUCCACUGUCAUCCACAGGGUUCUGAAGUUUCAAGGCGCCAACCCGAGCCAGAACUUGUACUGUGCUCCCUCCAAAGACCAUGUGGUUGCCAGCAGCCAUUCCAUGACCAAAACAUUUGGAACAAAAUCCAUGGAUACGAGUCACGAGGACCAGGAGACUCACCCCAAAGGUAAUGCUUCUGCUCAGAAUGUCAGCUAUUUCGCUCCCUCUUCCAACCCCGGCAGGCCCGGCAUCCAUUUAAACAAACACAGUUUGUCUUCGCACCUGUCGUUCAGCCGAAGUAAAACGGCCUCCGAAAAGCAGGACGACGCCACGGUGAUGUACAAAAACUUCUCUGCCCUGCCCAGACCUUUCUUCUUCCCCAGUAAAGACGGUUAUUCCUCCCCACAGGAGAAGCCCUCCAAACACGACAAAUCCGCUCCGCUGGGCUCGGACAAGAACCAGCCGUGUUACCCUCAGCAGGAUCUGUUUGAUUUCAGCUUUGCCUCCUCGCUUUCUCCAAUGCCGCAUCACAGCAGUCCUCAAGUAGUCCACAGCACGCCGCCUGGCACUCCGGCGCCAGCAAACAAGACCCACCCGGUGGCCUCCUUCCCUUACGGCCCACAGGGACCCCCUUAUGUACUGAACUUCAGCGGCGACCACUCGUUGACGCUGGGACUUAGGGAUGGGCCCGAAGGUUACUCAGGACUCGGCCCGACAAACUACACCUACCACUGCCUGAUGGAACCAUCGGGCACGCAGGGGCGGCUGGUCCUGGAGCCAUGCGGUUCUCAGUCCAUCCCGCCCUCAUUUUCCGUGGGUGGCUUCUCGGGACACAAAGGGGGUCCGGAGGAACACUUUAAGAAGGACACGCACCACCAGAACCAGCCGGGCGACCAUCAGGACAUACCGCACUAUGGACCAACCUCUCACUCCAUGGGAUCUACCAAGCCCAAGCGGGUUAGGCUGGUGGUGACGGACGGAACCGUGGACUUGGACCUCCAAUACUCCGACUGAGCCACUGGAAUAGGCCUAGAAAUUUUUGUAAAACUAUUUUGAGGGACUACGUUUUCCGUCAUUAUAAUGAGCCCAGAAGAGAUGUUCAUUCGAUGACCAAAUUGAUGAGUACUUGUAUUGGCGACCACUCUUUGGAAGUCGCCGAUGGCGACAUGUUAGCCUCACCACGGUGUAGGGAGGCAUGCUACUGGUGUGCUGAGUUUUUAACGGGCAGCUUCGUGCCUCGGUCUUUCCUAUUAGACUUUUUGAAACCUGCCUUUUAUACCCACCAUAUUCUCCUUUCUCACUGUUUGUACGCGUGCGAAGUGUUUUCUUUUGUAGUUUAGCGGUCACCACUGGCUACUGUGUCCCGUCACGUCUCAUUGUUGACCCUCAGAACUUUGUUUGUCACCCAAACGCGACCUAAAAUUCAAGUCAAGUUCAGUCGAAAAGUCUCGACAAUGUGGUAGCAACAUCCGUAACAAGGUGAGACUUUUUGCGUAUCACUGUUCGGUGUGAAAGGUACAGAUUGGGGGGGGGGGGGGGGGGGGUUGAAGUUGACCCCCUUCAAAUUUUCACCGACGUAUCAGAGGCAGGGAUGGCGACUGUGUGUAAAUGAGUAGGCGACAGCUGGGAUGGGGGUGUGACGUUUUACAACAAACACUAGCUUGCGCCACCCAGUUGUGUUCAAAGCAAUCCGCUAUAUGCGCAAUGUCACUUGAUCAACACGGAACAUGGAUGAGCUGAUGCCAGCGUCCCAAGUGAGCGUCGAGUGGUAUCAUGGGCACAACAGGGGCAGGCACCGUAGAGGCAACUUGUGGGAAAGGGGUAAGUGGUCUUUUAGCACGGGGUGUGACGUUAAAAACCCAACACUGACUUUUCCAGGCUUGUUUUGGUGAGAGCAAUCAUUGCUGCGCGACCACUAUUUUAAGUAAAUUUGAAAUCUCACACCGCCUGUCCCAAUUUUCUGCCACCCGUUUUUUUCAUAGCUGCUACCCCGCCUCUAGCCCCUUUCACAUCAAUUUCCACAACACGCAACAAAGCGGUCUUUCAAAGCGGUUUUGCCGGCUUUUUGACGCAGGAGCAUAGCUAUCCAACUCCAGUGAGCUCUGGUGCAAAAAGGUGCUUUGGUUCAGUUUCUGAUGCGCCAGCUUUUCAGAACUGUACGAAAGAGACUCGUGAUGAUAAGCCCAAACAACAGUGAUCAACGUAUAACGUACCACGUAACACUUAACUAUGCUAAUAAUCAGCCUUUCUGACAAUUCAAUGAAAUUGAAAACACUUUGGAGGGUCCCCUGUCAUCCACAGGAAAGCAAAUAACUUGUUUUGAAGAACAAACGGUGACAAUCUUUCCACUCCUUGUUUGUCGUCAUCUUUUCAAACAUCCACUGAGGGCGACGUGUGCUCGUCGCAUGUGUUGUCGUCUGUCGUCGUUGUCGUGUUUCCAUGGCAGCCUUCCAUCCCAGUGUACUGUCGUGUAUUUAUUUUCAAGCUUCUUGGCCUCCUCCUGGUCCCAGUUUUGAAACUAAAUGGUGCUUGAACCUAAUUUAUACUUCACCUCGAUUGUUGAUAGGAGUAAAUGUUUUGCGGUUAUUUAACGGGACAAAAAAACCUUACUGAGCUGAAUAUAUAGAUAUAUAAUUAUAUAUUAUAUGACUUGUAUUUAAUUUCUCACCCGCUGUUGUAAAACUUUAAAUUAGGUUGCCUCCCCUUUCCUCUUUUAAAAAGUGUUAGUCUUACUAAAAAAAAAAAAAGAAAAAAAAAAAGUUUGCUGUAGAAAUGUACAAAAUGUAGCUUGUAUUAUUAAAGACUUACUCCUUUUCAUA